GAUAGGUACUAUCGAUCUGAGAGGGUAGUUGUUUACGUUCGUGAGUAUAGAUUUGGACUGGGUCUGCAAUCCUGUAAAAUACAGUGCUAUCAACAUUGCCUCGAAAAGACCGAUGUUGUAUUUACAGUCAGUUCAUUGAACACAUCAUCAUAAAGCUUGGUGGAUAGCUCAAGGUCGAGAAAUGAUUUUUCUCGGAAUGUGAUGCAAUUUUAAGUUUUCUGAAUUUACCGUAAGGAUUCUGCCUCGAUGAUGAAUUUGUUUGGCACGCGCCGUUCCUUAUCUUCUCUCAGAAUCAAGAGAACAAACAUUGACGGGAAUCGGCACGAGGAUGUGAGUGCAAAGUUAUCAAAAGCAGGAUGCAUGUAUUACAAUACAAUCAUGUGCUUCUAACAGCACUGAAAGAUUGAUGAAAAUCGAGAAUUAGUAUUUUAUGCGUUGUGGUCAAUUGUAAAGAAGCUCUUAGCAGUCACAAUACUAGGAACGAGAGCCAGGGCGGGGCACCAAUGUGGAUUUAAAGUUUUACAUGGGAAUACUCUCUACAGCGAAGUUAUUCACACUGUCUGAAUGAUCCACACGCGUCAACAUCCGUGAAAGUCGAGAUGACACCGCGGAUUUACCAGGAAGGCGGUGUGAUUCUCGUUAUCUGCCUCGUACUCGUUUUGUUAUCUGCUGAAACACAUGUUGGACCCCCUUGGCAAACAUUGCAUAGGGUGGACCCCACUGGAAAGAUAUUACUACAGAUCCGUGGCUUGAUUAUUGUUUUAUCUCCCUCACGAGAUUUUUUCACUCACAUGGAGAUGUCACCAUUGCCGAAUUACGGAUAUACAUUCAAUGUGACUUCAGUUACCAAAUGUCCAUUGAACAGAGAAGAAUGGGAUGCUGCCUCGGACAGACUGAAUUGUACCGAAACGCAAGGCUAUCACUGUGUUCCAGAUAAAUACAUGACGUCACUUGUAGAGUUCUGCUACACACGGGGAAAGAAAUUUCCAUUUCAUAAAGGAAAUUGUCUUGAGCUUGCGGCGGAUGGAAUACUUAAUCAUUUUCCUUGUGCUAAAACCUUUCCUUGUGGAUGUCCUGAUAGUUUUUACUUCAGUAACGAGAUAUACAAAUAUCCAAAGUGCCUUCAAAUCAAUACCCAGCUAGAAUGUUUCGAGUCCGAUAUUCAAUGCAUAAUCAGAAAAGCUCUUGACCAUACCACAAAUCUUGCCAAUGAAGCGAUAGUUGUCAAUUUCUCCACGAAUUGUCAGGAUACCAAGAUUCAACUUAUUGUUACAAGACCUUCAAAUGACACAUCUAUAAACACCUAUAAACCCAUAAAAUAUGAGAGAGAAAGCAGCGAAUGUGCCAGUUGUGAAAUCCAUGUGGUGUUUAUCGUAAUUCUAGCACUACUCUUCAUCGGAUCUGUGGCUCUGUCUGGGUGGUUAUACUUCAGACAACGCCAAAUGAAAAAGAACACAGCACAACAACAAAUAGACAUGACAAAGCAACCAUUACUUCCUUCAUCAACGUCGUCACAUGCGAACAGUGAAUCAACGCACCCACAUGAUGAAGCUUUCUCCGAUCUAGCAAGAGCAUGUCGAAAUGGAGAUAAGGCUAAAUACCAUUCCCUGACGGCGCCGGAAACCUUCAACAAAAGCUUACUGAUAAAGAAAGACAACCGAGGCCGUACCGUCCUCCAUCACGCUGUUUAUGGAGGAAGUUAUGAUAUCGUGUACGAUCUGUUAAAAUUCAAAGAAGUAGAUGUCUGUGAAAGAGAAAAUAUCGGCAGAACAGCUCUACACCUAGCUGCUCAAGGUGACAACGUGGAGAUUUUUAACACAGUUUUGCAAAAGGCGGGAAACAGUUUGUUGCAGUCUAAGGAUAAAAAUGAGCUAACUCCACUCUGUUACGCUGCACUGGCUGGGAAAAAAACUGUCAUAGACAGUAUAGUUGAAAAAGGAUUUGAUAUCGAAAAAUUAACAAAAUAUGGUGAAUCUAUCGCACAUCUGGCAUGUAUUGGGGGUAGUUUAGAAAUUUUGAAAAUGGUCUCCGAAAAAGAAAGUAAACGUGGGUCAUUGAACACAGAACAUGAGGAGGAGGAGGAGGACAUAAUCAAAAGAAAAAACAAAAUGGAUUGGAAUCCUAUUCAGUAUGCAGCCAAGUCAGGAAAUACAAAUAUCCUAAAGUUUCUGACUGAAAAUAAUGUUCGUCUGAUCAAUUCCACUGAGGACUUGAAAUCUGCGUUCCAUUCUGCGUGCGAAAAUGGACAUCUUGAAGCCUGCACAUACAUUGCUCGAUAUAGACCUGAAUGUAUCCACACAACGGAUAAGAGAGGAAGACAUGCGGGCCAUUUCAUAGCUAAAUGUGGAAACGUCAAAAUUUUAAAAUUUUUGAUUGAUGAAUGUAAACUACAAGCUGAUAAUCCGUCCUCUCAGAAAAUUAAUAUUCUUCACAUUGCAUGUCGCCAUGGAAGGUUUGACAUGUGUGUAUAUAUAGCAGAAAAUUAUCCGCAUUUAGUUACACAAGAGAGCAAAAAAGGAUGGAAUGCAGCCUUAUUUCUUAGUGAAAAGGGAGGGGCUGAUGAAGAAAGGCUAAAAAUACUUCAGUUCUUAGUGAGCAAAUGCAAAUUAUUUGUGCACCAUGUCUCUAGAGCCGGAAAAACUAUUCUAUACAACGCAUGUGCCAAUAGGUCUCAGAGAUUCUGUCGAUAUCUUCUUGUAAACUACCCUGACCUUCUAACAAUCGAACGAUGCAUGGACCCCAGAAAUAUCACCAGUGAUCCAGAAAUACUCGGUCUCAUUGAGACGCAUUCCAAGGAAGAGUAACGUUAUGCUUUAUUUCAGCGAUACAGGAAAAUACAUUGUAAGCCCAGAUUUACGCUAAAACAGUCUAUAAGUUUUAUCAAUGGGCUACAAUGUGGAUGUACUUCUAAUCCUGGUGGAAUCGUUCGUAUUCAAUCUUUUAUAAUGCUAUUGUCAUUAAUUUUCAAAGAAAAACUACGAUAAUCCAUGUAUCUUUCAUGAAUGCUUUCAAUGAACAGUCAUUUUCAUAAGUUUUUCGCUAGGAAUAAAAUAUAUUAAAGAUUGAAUGAUUUAUCAUUUGCAAAUACUAGCACAUCAAGAGACUCAUGUGUCCUCACUCUAGCCUCAGAAUUACACUAAGGCGCUGUACAAGGGUAAGACGAGGAACGCAACAAUAAAACACAAUUAAAUGACCGUAUGACAAUUUAUCUAAUAUCUGUAAAAUUAUCAAAAUAAUAAAAAACUAUAAUUAAGGUUCAUUAUGGAAUUCCAAAUACGACAUCCAACUGCCAACUGUUCACUGCUUACUGCCAACUGCCUAUUUGCAACUGCUUAUCUACAUGUAGUCAGUAUGAACGGCCUUGUAGAGAACUAUUUCAAGAAAGGCUACACUGUGUUAGAAAUCACGGCCAUUCUUGGUGACAAGCAUCAGGUGAUCUUUUUUCUUUCCUUUAUAUAUGUACAUGCAAUCGUAUUAAGCCACACAGGUUACACUCAAUGGCGUAGACAACGUUAUAUGUACAUGUAAUCGUAUUUGUAUCUAACGGAAAAGUAAGAAAUCAGUCAUUCCUUCUCUCUCUCUCUCUCUCUCUCUCUCUCUCUCUCUCUCUCUCUCUCUCUCU